UAAAAAAAUAAAAAAAAUUGGGAAAUGGAAAUAGAUUGCAACAGCUUUCUUAAUGUGAGGCUCCAAUUUGCCUAAAUAACAUGGCCUCUAUCUACAACUACAAGCCUCACUCAUAGAAAAGACUAUGAAGAAAAAACCAGAGCUUGAAGAUGAUGAGCAUGAACUCGAAAUCCUCAAGGCCGUGGCACAGGCGUGGCAGGGUCACUCCAGCACUAGUCCACCCAGAGCCACCAACGAAUUUGAUGCACGUAGGCUAAAUUUCAAGAGCAAGCCCACCAGAUUCAAGCUCGAGGCCAUGAGCAAGCCAUCAUCGGCUAAGGACCAUGGCGUCGCAAACUGGGAUUUUGGGCAGUCACUUUUGGACUCCUAUGAAAUAGUGGCAGUGUCCAAGAGGUUAGAGGAAGGGCUGGUGUUGGACCACCACUCUAGCUUGGAGGACACAAUUCGGAUUAAUAAGAGGCGAAAGGAGAGUAAGAAUAGCCUGAGAAGUUUGUUCAAGCAGAUCUCUUCCAAGAGAUUUAAAGAAGCUGAUGUUCCUCAUCAGGAGUGACACAAUUUUGAUAUCUUUAUGGUUAGGUGCAGCAUUAUGCUAAUUUGUUAUGAAUUCCAUUUUCAGUUUAUCAGAAUUUUUUUUUUUUUUUUUUUUUUUUUUUCUUUUUCUUUUAGUGUUGAUGUUGAUAACAUUAAACAGAGACCUCAUUUGGGUGGAUUCUCUCUGAGAUAUUUUUUUUCUUGAUGUUGUUUGGAUGGAGGGAAAGUAUAGUGGUAGAUGAGCACAUUUGGUUCAA